CCAUGCUCAUCACUCACAUCGGAGUCGCGCAAGUUCAAAGACUUUCGGCCAACCUACUGCAUGUACUCAUUGCCCUCUUACGCCCACUUACGUCCACUCAAGAUUUUAUCAACAUGGCUGCACACCCAAAACCUGACCUCGUUGAUUUCGGGGAAAGUCUUUAUACUACCUGCUGCAAAUUGGGAUGCAACAAGGAAGUGAAGCGCGGAGAGAAAUGUGCAUGCGGCCAGCAAAAUUGAUUAAAUGUGCCGGAAGGUGUUUCAAACUAGCAACAACGAGCAUCUCACCAAAGCAAUCAAGGCAAUCUACAAAGUAGGGAGGGCUUCAAAUUCUUAGCUGCUAUAGAAAGGCAUUCCUGGGAUGACGAUUCCAUGGAUUAAAACCAGCUCAGUACCCCGUUAUCGUGCAGGUUCAAAUCAACACGAUGUGCAGGCGUAGCAGUUGUAUGGAGCAUGGCGACCUGUGGGUGUGGAUGAUGUGGACAUGGAUGAUACAUACGGCUACAGCUAUGCACUCCGCGUCGAAUUCCAUCACACUCUGAACAUUAAGGCCAACACUGCCAUUCCGAGGCAUAACGUACUUAUGUGAUUUUUCGACGUAUUGGGUUUAGUCUUCGCACCUGCAGUGCGUCCAUUGCAGCAUGCAGCGCUUAGCUGUACAUGAUCCUCGUCAUUUCGUGUCUCGCCGCGGAGCGUGUCAGCCGCUGCACUUCGAUACAGCAAUCACAUCAGAUAGGCAGUCGUGUGCUUCCGGCCAGCGCCAAGUGACCUGUGGCUAGUCCAACCUGGCGUUAUGUGCCAACCUGGUCCGAUGGGGCACAUCAUGAAGCCACAUGAUUACAUGUUUUUGGCCUGAGCCCCGUUGUUGUUUUUACCCCUUCUGGAAGUGGCCAGACUAGAUACUGAACACCAAUUCCCAACCCCCGCUUACCAACCCGGUAAGUUUCAAAGAUCGGCCGGAGGGCUCGAAGCGCUCACCGGACGCCACGGCCCCCUUUUCGUUGGUGAUUGCUGUAUU